AUGGCGAAUGAAUCAGAGGGCAAAAAGCGAAUUUCGCCGUUGCUCGAGUAUGGCAUCACUAAAGCUGUCCUACACUGUUUGCCUAACAUUCUAGAACUUAAUAAAGCCGCCACUGUAUGCAAAUCGUGGAAUGAAACGGCGAAAAUCAUUAAGAAGAACAGAAAUCAAAUAUACUCCACAUCAAAUAUAGAUUCGUACGAAGACUACUCUGGUGUACAAGAGCUUUUGUCUUGGUUGGCUGAAAUACCUCCACCACUUCCCGAACUGAAAUUAGAUGGUCACAAUGGGGCACACUUUGGCCGAUGUACAGAAUAUAGACUGUUGCAUUACCUCAGAAGAAGCAUGCCUUUAGACUGUGCCAUUGUUGGAGGUAUAGCAAACGGAGUCGUCACAUCCACACCUUCUCUUCUGACACACGAAGUAGAAGAAGGAGAUGGUUACGGAUUGUUAUUCAUCCCUGAGAUACCAAAUUUUUCUAUAAGAAAUUUUCAUCUUGAUAGACAGAAGAUGAAAAAUGUUGGCAAGGCAAUAACUAGUCAAACAGAGGAAGUUGGGCGGCUGUUAAAUAUCAAGGAUGAUGAUCAAGUCCAGUGUCUUAUGUUACUGGGUACUGAUGCGUAUAAAGAAUCCAAGUGUAUUGAAGCCCUCUGUCGAUAUUUUCAAGACAAGCGAAACCAGAACAUAGCCAUUGGAGGUGGAUUUGUGGAAGCAGCUAUCCAUCCGGAUGUGGUGGAUGGCGAUCGCGAGUAUGGCAUCACAGGGCUAGUUUUCUGCGGCCCGAGAGUUAAGGCCAACUCAGUUAUCGUUCCACCUGAUGCUACCACCGAUUCCGAUAUUGAACGAAUACUUCUUCAGUUAAAGGAAAAACAUUUCGGCUCCUUUUCUGGCGAGAAGAUGAAAAGCAUUGGCUUCAUGGUCGCUUGCGUUGCCAGAGGUACUCAUCUCCACGGUCGGUCUGGUGUCGAAUCAGCAAUCUUCCACAAACAUUUCCCUGCCACGCCAUUGCUGGGCUUUUUCGGCAAUGGUGAAAUUGGCAUCAAUUGCCUAGGCCCAGCUUCACCAACGACAACUCCCCAGUCAUUCCAAUCCAACCUGCCUAGUGCUCCCAAAAAAUCACGAAUCACAUAUCUCCACUCUUAUGCCACCACAUUCACCUUGAUCUCCUUCCCUGUCGAAUAA